GCAGGAUGUUUCGUCUACUAAUAACACAGCUCAAGGAAAUCGUGCAAAUCACUGAUAGCGCUAAAGUAGAAUGCCUGAAAGGAGAGGAGAUGUCCAAAAUCAAGGUGCUGAACAGCUCCAAUAAUGAUCUAGCAGUACUGGUAUCGGCAGAUGGCAACAUUGCUGGCGUUGGAACAGAGAAAGAGGUCAGAAGCAUAUUAGGAGAUGCAGGGGUGGAAAAGACAGUGUUGUCAAGCGGAGGCAUUCUCCUUCCUGGUUUCAUCGAUGGUCAUUCCCAUCCUGUUUUUGCUGGCGAUCGUGUUCAUGAAUUUGCUAUGAAACUUGCUGGAGCUACAUAUAUGGAGGUGCAAGCUGCUGGCGGAGGUAUACAUUUUACAACAUCAAAAACCAGAGAAGCUUCCGAAGAGUAUUUGUUGACAGAGUUCAAAAAGAUUGCUCAAGAAAUGCUCAAAUGUGGUACAACGACACUAGAAGCGAAGAGCGGCUACGGUUUGGACACUGAAAGCGAACUGAAGAUGCUUCACGUGCUUUCUCGUGCUGCUGAAGAAACCCCGCUAGAGAUAUCGGCCACAUUCUGUGGCGCACAUGCUGUACCCAAGGGCUCAACAGAAGAAAGUCAUGUGAAACUUAUUUGUGAAGAAAUGCUGCCAGCCAUAGAAAAGGCCAAAUCGUCUGGAAAGUUGAAAAAUUUGGAAAAUAUCGAUGCGUUCUGCGAGAAGAACGUCGUUGAGGUUGAGAACACAAGAAAGGUUAUGGAAGCAGGCAAGAAGCUAGGUUUGGCUGUAAACUUCCAUGCCGAAGAGCUCACAAACAUUGGUGGAGCCGAGAUGGGAGCCGAGAUUGGAGCUCGCGCCAUGUCCCAUCUGGAGCACAUCUCGAACGAAGGCAUCGAAGCUAUGGCCAAGUCCGGCACUGCCGCCGUACUUCUGCCAUCAACAGCUUUCAUUCUUCGGCUGACCCCUCCGCCAGCGAAACGAAUGAUUAAAAGCGGAGUGGUCGUUGCUCUUGGUUCGGACUUCAAUCCCAAUGCCUAUUGUCUUGCAAUGCCAAUGAUCAUGCAUCUAGCUUGCGUUUAUAUGCACCUUAGCAUGGAAGAAGCCCUUGUGGCUGCCACAUUGAAUUCUGCCUACUCACUGGGAAGAGGAAAAACUCAUGGAGCUAUAAGUGUGGGAAGGAAAGGAGAUUUUGUCGUACUCGAUCCAAGUGUUAGCUCUUGGAAGCACAUUAUAUACAGGAUGGCCGCCCAUAACACUGUGAUAUCGAGUGUGAUCAAAGCCGGAAGGGAAGUUUACACAGUCAAGUAG